CCGUAAUGAUUGUAAAUUUCAGUAUCUAAACAUGCAUCGGAUACAUGAUGACGAAUAUCCCGAAGAUGUUAAGGAUUCCGACUUUAAGGGAUCAGUUCAGAAGGAAAUAUCGGUGAAGUCGCGUCAUCAAAUUUCCAUACCAGAUAUUUGCUCAGAUGCCGUUAAGAAUAACUGUUUUCCGCCGACAGGCUUUCUGAAUAACUCGAUCGCCUUUGCCUCUCACGUAGUCAAGUGCAGUUCCCCGGCCUCGAGCAUAGAUGAAUCCUCAUCGACGGCUCAGCACGAAUCCAAUCCCCACAUGCACAUACAGGGUCAACAUAUGAUGGCUCCCGUUCCCGAUCUUGGGUUCUACAAUGUUCCCGAGUUCAUUUCGGAACAGGAAAAGCUCAUGUUUUCCGAUGCCGAAAGGUUUUUAAGGUCAAAAGAUAAUGAAGUGUGCAGCAAUGACUUUAGCUAUAUGCAUGACGAGUUCGCCAUGCGCAAGUACUAUCAUCCUCUAUUUGCACAUGGCAUAUGCCGUUGGCCCGGUUGCGAAAUGGAUUUGGAAGAUAUCACAUCAUUUGUCAAACAUCUGAAUACUGAGCACGGCUUGGAUGAUCGAUCGACCGCUCAAGCUCGAGUUCAAAUGCAAGUAGUCUCCCAGCUGGAAUCCCACCUUCAAAAGGAACGAGAUCGCUUGCAGGCCAUGAUGCAUCACUUGUAUUUAUCUAAGCAACUUUUAUCACCCACCAAAAUAGACAGGAAGGACGUUCCCGGAAGAGAUGGAAAGUUUUGCCGAAGUCCGCUCACAAUAAAUAGCAUAGGUCGACCCAUCCGCCAAACCAAUUCUCCGAGCCCGCUUAAUCUUCCAACGGUAAACUCCACCAACUUAUGCUCCAUCAAAAAAAGAAGCCACGACAAAAACUCAUUUUCCAUAAAUGGUGGUUUACCCUAUAUGCUUGAAAGAGCAGGACUUGAUGUACAGCAGGAGAUUCAUCGAAAUAGAGAAUUUUACAAAAAUGCUGAUGUACGACCGCCUUUUACUUAUGCUUCCCUCAUAAGACAGUCCAUUAUCGACUCCCCUGAUAAGCAGCUAACCCUUAACGAAAUUUAUAAUUGGUUCCAAAAUACCUUUUGCUAUUUCCGGCGUAACGCAGCUACGUGGAAGAACGCAGUUCGGCACAAUCUGUCCCUUCAUAAAUGCUUUAUGCGAGUUGAGAAUGUGAAAGGAGCAGUUUGGACUGUUGACGAAAUUGAGUUUUACAAAAGACGACCACAGCGAACUGCUGGCAUUGGUAACAACUUAGCAGGUGCUACCAAUUCGCCGGACUCUAACUAUUUUGUAGCCAUGAACAUUGGGUAUGUGGGUCUCAACUAGUCUAAUACUUACUUUGCUCCACACUCCUUCCAUUUUGCUCUGUUAGUAAAUAUAUGCCACUAAAAAUGCAUGCUUUAACCGAUAUGAUGUCAUUAUACGAUUUUUUACAGCCGUUAUUGUGGGGCCUUACCCUGAUUAUUAUCCCCAAAUGGUGUCUGUCUGAUCAUAAGUUUAUCUGUCCGUCCGUGAUUUUAGCUAAUGAAGAUUAUUAGGGCUAGGAAAAAUGGAUCAAAGUGAUGCGGAAUAGAUUAACAAGCCAAAUAAACUAACUAACUUUUCUCAACGAACUUUUUCUUCCUUUCACGAUAAUGCUUUUUCCUGUAUAUCACUCUUGUUGGGGCUCCUUGGCUUAUCCAACAAAUAAUAAAGAAUGCGAUACGUACGAAUCUAUCAUUGCACAAGUGCU